UACAUACAUGUGUUGUAUAAAAUAGCUUAUACGGGAACUUUUAAUAAAAAUGGGUAAAAGGAAACGCGGACGCUCUGUUAAAAAAAAUCUGAACCAGAAUAUUGAGUCUAAUGAACUUGUUCAGGCACCUCAUUCGUUUGUAAUCCACAGAGGAAUUUCUGGUGGCGAUACAUUAGAGUUAACUAAGGAUUUUAGGAAAGUUAUGGAACCGUUUACUGCAUCAUCACUUAAAGAAAGGAAGAAAAAUACCAUAAAAGAUUUUGUAGCUAUCGCAGGUCCAUUACAUGUAUCUCAUUUAUCCAUAUUUUCCAAAACCGAAUUAGGAAUGUAUUUGAAAAUAAUGAGGCUUCCUAGAGGACCUACAUUAACUUUUAAGAUACAUAAUUACUCAUUAGCAAGAGAUGUUAUUUCAUCACUUAAAAAACAAAGAGUUGUUGAUGCAGCUUUCAAACAUUCCCCAUUAAUAGUUCUAAAUAGUUUCAGUGGUGAAGGAUUACAGUUCAAACUAAUGGCUUCUAUGUUUCAAAACAUGUUUCCGACUUUGAAUCUUACAAAUAUUGAUUUGAACACAGUGAAACGUUGUGUUUUAAUGAAUUACAAUCCGGCUACUAAAUUAAUAGAUUUUAGACAUUAUUGUAUAAAAAUUACACCUGUUGGAAUUUCUAGAGGUGUUAAGAAAGUUGUACAGGGUAAAGUACCUAAUUUGUCAAGAUGUAAUGAUAUAACAGAAUUCUUUACAAAGGCUGGUAUGAUGUCUGAGAGUGAAGCCGAAGAUGAUCCCAAUAACCAUGUGGUUUUAGCCCAAAAAAUAGCUUCUAGAGGAAAUGUGGAAUCUGGAAAAUCUGCUAUAAGAUUAAGUGAACUUGGUCCAAGAUUGACUUUACAGCUUAUAAAAAUAGAGGAUGGUCUAUUAGAUGGAGAAGUUUUAUACCAUGAACUUAUUCAUAAAACUGAAGAAGAAAAGGAAGAAAUUCAAAGAAAACGAGAACAAAAAAGGAAACUGAAAGAAAAGAGAAAAAAAGUACAAGAAGCAAAUAAGAAAGCUAAAGAUGAACUAAAACAGAAAUUAAAAGAUCAGUCCCUAAAGGGAAUGCGAAAGGAUACACAAAAUGAAUCAAAUACAGAGUUAGAGAAAGAUGAUGAUGCUCAAUAUUAUAAAGAAGAUGUUGGAGAAGAACCAGACAAGGAUUUGUUUUCGGGUUCCACUGGCGUGAAAAGAAAACAUGAACCGCUACGUUAUAAAAAUAAGAAGAAAUCUGAUUCCAUCAAUCAGAAAAAUAGAACUAAUCAAAAUUCUAUGAAUAAAGGAAAUAGGCGAAUGAACAAAUUUAAUAAGCAAAAUACAAAUAAUAAUUUAUGAUUUUUCAUAUUUUUUUCUAUUCUCUUCCCUUAUUUGUGCUUCCCUUGUUCGCCUUUCUUUCCUCGAUUCUUCCCUAGCUGUGUAGUACUUUUUUCUAAAAUCUAUUAUUUCGUGAUCAUAUGUCUCCAUUUCAUGGGGAGUUGGGUCUCGAAUUUUUUCAAAUGUUAGUAACCGUCUUGAUGUUACUUUUGUCAAAACUUGUUCACAAUUUGCAGUAAGAUUAAAACACGGAUGCGAUGGAAGAGAUUUCUCAUCAUAGUCUUCUCU